GUCAUGUAUUCGACUUAUAUAUUCGUUUUCGGGUUGGUUAUGUCUUCCACUCAACAUCGUCAUGAAGAUUCUGAAAUUAGUAAUUUUAAGAGAACAGCCACAUGUAAAACCAAUGAAAAGUUUAAGGUUGACUGCACAGGGAAGAAUUUAUCCCAUAUUCCCACGUUUCCAAAUUCCACAAAAGCACUCAUUCUAGCGAGAAACAGGAUAAAAAGUAUAUCGAAUGGAAUAUUUUCUGCCCACACUGUUCUUGAAGAUUUGGAUUUAUCACAUAACGUUCUUGUUACACUGAUGCCAGAUUCGUUUAAAGGACUGACUAACUUAUUGCGGCUGAAUCUGCAAGGUAAUAUACUAGGAAAAAAUAACACAGAAUUCCCGAAACAAUGCUUUAAAUAUCUAACGAAACUACAACAACUAAACAUUAAAGACAAUCGAAUUACUGUAUUUCCAGAUCUAUCUUUGGUACUUAAUCUUCAAACAUUGAAUGCAACUUUUACCAACAAAAUGACUUUCGGUCAACAAUUACAAGGACUAGGGUUUCUAAUCAAUCUAGAUUUAUCUUCCUCAUCAUGCAAGCCUAAACAACUUGAUUAUAAUACAUUUAAAGGCAUCACAACUUUACGUUAUUUAGAUGUGUCAAACAACACAUUAGACAGUAUAUGGAAAGGUACAUUCGCACAUAUGCAAAAUCUUCAGUUUUUGGACAUAUCUUAUAAUAUUCGUCUGGGAUUUCGAGGACUAAGAAAUGUCACCACUGAUUUACCCAAAACAUCAAUUGAAAUCUUCGUAUUUAAAAAAUUGGUACCGACAUUUGCACUGAAUCAGAUGUUGAUGAGAGAGCACUUGGUACUUCUAAGGAAAACCAAAUUAAAGGAGAUGUAUUUUGAUAGCAAUCGAAUUCAGCUUCUGCAAACAGGAUUAAUAAGUCUUUUACCGAAAACAAUAGAUAUAAUUUCUAUUAGUGACAAUCCGCUCUCGUUUGGAGAAUAUGUUUUGGAGUUUCGACAAUUAUCGGCAAAAAUUUUAAAUGUUUCAUUUCUGGGCACGUCACAUCCACCAGUCGACGAAGGAUUUUGUGUAUCGGAUUUGAAUGAGACGGAUUUUAAACAAACUCUGUAUGAGUUUAAUAACGUUGUAAAAGAACAGCAGGUAUCAACUAUGUCUCGGGAAUUCAUGAUAUUCAAUGCUGGUUUUAAACUGAAUGUUUUGAAUAUAAUUAAUCUACCAUUGCAACUUCGUGUAAUUUAUUUCACAGCCGGUAAAUCAGAAUUUGAAAUGCCUAGGCUACGUUUUAGUGAAAAUGUGCUAGAAAAGGUUGAUUUCUCCUCCAAUAUAUUCUACUCAUUGAAAGGUCCUAUAGUCAAUUUGCCUCAUUUAUAUGAGGUUGAUUUAUCAAACAAUUUCUGUUCAAACAUUUCGAAUGUAUUUUUCAACGGAACUCCAAAUAUUAGAAAACUUCAGCUUCAAAAUAAUUUGUUAGGCUUUAUUCUACCCAACGACGAAAAAGGAGAAAUAUUUAGGCCUCUGGUGAAAUUAGAAAUCAUUGAUUUGUCAGACAACCGAAUUUCAAGAUUGCCUUAUUCCAUUUUUGAGUCGCAUCAAUCUAUAAAAGAAAUAAAUUUAAGGAGGAAUGUGUUAGACAAAAUGCAAUUUAAAAUUGAUCACAUGAGAAAUCUUACUUUUUUGGAUCUGUCAAAUAAUGUGAUACGAUUUCUAGAUGCUGAUGAAACGGUUAAUCUUGAGAAAAUUGCAAAAUACAGUGCCAAUUUUACAUUAGACUUAAGCGAGAAUCCAAUCCAAUGUAUAUGUAGCAACAUUAACUUUAUAAGGUGGAUGGCAACAACAAAGAUUCGUUUUAAUGGGUUAAAAUCUUAUUCCUGUCAGCUGUCAAAUCUUACCAAAAUGUCUCUGGCACAUCCGAAAGACCUUGAAAAAAUACUCGAAAAAGAAUGCUCGUCAUAUCUUGGUUUGAUAUUAGGUAUUGGUUCGGCGUUGGUUCUUUCCGUUGUAACGGUAACCACUGGAAUUGUAUAUAGAUAUCGAUGGAAGCUUAGAUAUCUUUAUUAUAUGGCAAAACUGAAAUAUAAAAAAAAGCCGAGCAUGUUAAAAAAUGAUGUUUCCUACGAUUUUGAUGCAUUUGUAUCAUAUGCCGAAGAAGACCAAAAUUUUGUUCAUGACAAAUUUAUCAACCAUAUUGAAAGAGAUGAAAAACUACGAAUUUGUCUUCAUAAACGCGAUUUUCUUGCUGGGAAUGCAAUCUCUGACAACAUUACUGAUGCCAUACACAGAAGUCGUAAGACUGUUUGCAUAAUCAGUCGCCAUUUCUUAAACUCAUACUGGUGCAUGUUUGAAUUCAACAUGGCGCGAAUGGAGAGUAUUUACUCACGAGGUAAAGAGAACAUUAUAUAUUUAAUCUUUCUAGAACAAAUUCCAACCAAUAUGUUACCCUUGGUUUUAUUGGAACUCGUAGAAUCACAAUCGUACAUAGAGUUUCCGAAUGACGAAUAUGGCGAUACAGUGUUCUGGGAGAAUUUGAAACAAGUUUUGUCAGAUUGAAAAUAUUUCAAAAAAAUGGGUGCGCUAUAUUCAUGUUUCCCAAAUUGUGGCGUUUAUCAAUUUCUACAAAAGAGGCUUACUCCUUUCAAGUCAAAAAGGUUUUUAAAGCAUGUACACCCUAUACAAA